AUGACCUCAUCAGUUCGGCUCGCCUUUCUGGUGACGCUGUUGCUUCUGCUACCGUUGGAGGCUCAAAUCCAACAGGCAAAUUCUGCAAAUAUCAAUCAAAAUAUUGGACAACAAGAUGCUGGAACUCUUUUUACUGGAACUGGAACAAAUCUUUACUAUGGAGUAAAUCUCGUUCCAUUCGGACCAGACGCCGGAGAUCAAGAAGUGAAUCCUGGAUUGCUGACAGCUGGACAGACAAUUGACCUUCAUAUGUAUUUCCCGUUCUAUGGAGGAUUGUACAAUUAUUCUACACUCUCCGUGAAUGGAUACAUUGGAUUUGCUACAGUUCUUGAUCAAGGGCCAACUCUCAAUGUGGGUCCAGAUAUGACUGAUUGGCCAAGACACGAAGACCCAGCUAUGAUUGCUCCGUAUCUUUGCAAGCAACAGGUUCCUCAAAGUUUGAAUCCAGGAAUGCGCUCUGGAGUCUACUACCGUUUAGUUAUGCGUCAAUCCCUUUUCGGUCGUCAAUCUGGAAGUAACAUGAAUAUGGGUCAAGCCACGUAUCAAUCUUCAUUCUUCGGACAAUCUGCUUCGCAAGCUUGUCCAGGAACCCCUGAUUCCUACGUCAGAUGUGACACUCAAGCAGACUAUUUCCUUGAAGAUAUGCAGCGAUGGUUGAUUGAAGGAGUUGCUGGAGCAGCUGCGUUCCGUGCUGAUGCUGCUCUUGUUGUCACUUGGUACAAUACCGCGUCAGCUAUUUCCGGAAGAUCUGAUAUCGAUUCCGGACAAUUGGCCACUUAUCAAGCUAUCUGGUUGACGGAUAGAAGGGGUGUACUUGAUGAGUCUAAAAGUAAAAAAAACCAUAUUUUUUGGAAUUUCCAGACCGCCCGUCUCUCCUACGUAAUUCUAAAUUACGAUCGUCUUGGAUUCGAUGCCGCCGAUUUCCGUCAGAACUCGCGUUCGGGAAGAUGUCAGGCUCUAUUCAAUGGUGGAAAUCACACCGGACUUGUACCAGUUGAUCCAACUCAGGAUUUCAAAAAUACUCCAAAAGUGCUCGCUCAAAGAUCUGGAGUUCCUCAAAUGGUUCGAGGAAGAUACAUGUUCAGAGUGGACGAUGUUGUGAGACCAGCUGGAUGCUCGAACAAAACUGGAGGAACUUACCCAAUGUUGAUUUACCCAAACAUCGUUAACAUGCUCGGAGAAAUGACUGUUGAUGUGAACGCCAUCUGUCUUGAUAAGGCUCAAACCUAUAUUCUUAUGAUAGAACAACGACAAACUGCCACGUGUACUGUUCUGACAUCAGCCAUCGCUCGAUGCAAUCUACCAAAGAUUUACGAUUGGGGAACGAAAACUGUGUACUUCCAACCACAAUCUGGAGGAGCCAAUGAUGAAAAAGCAUUCGUUGGAUAUAUUUAUUUUGUGCCUCCGACACUGGAUCCAAUGAGAUUAGAUAUUGGAAAUGUUUAUGAUUGGUUUAAGAAUCCACUUCCAUAUCAAACAAUGCCUCUGGUUUGGUAUCCGAGAAAUUUCACGAAUCCAGAUGUGAGUCUCCAUAUGGAUCAAGUCAGGAUGAAUGAUGAUUCAUUGUACAGUGUGCAACUUGGGUUGUACGUGAUUGCAUACAGAGAGCACAAGGAUGACACCAUCAAAAAAUUCCGUCCCGAGCAUCGUGUGAUCUGUAGAUUGGCCACAUAUUCCAACCGUAAUACUUAUGAAUAUCGCUGGAAACCACAGGAAGAAAGAAUCAAUUUGUUCCAAGUCGAACAAUGGUACAUGACUGAUUGGGAACGACAAAAUGAAUUGUAUCAGUACCGAUUCGGAUACUUGAAGUUAGCUCCAUUGAAACCAAAUCAAGAACAAAAUCCUCAAUUGCUACUUUCUGGACUUGUCUCAUCUCCGAUUUCUCUUCAUUUCCUCUGGACCUCCAACAACCCACAAUUCUCCACCACAACGUAUUCUGCAAACGACGAAGCUGCUCGUACUGAAUAUGUCAAGAAGAAGUCUUUGGAAAUGUGCCACGAUUGGUACGAUGAGGAUGGUGCUCAAUGGAAUUUCAUCAGAGACAUUGAAACCAAUUCAUCCUGUCCGUGUAUUGAAAGACAAGCAAUUGCUGAUAUUGGAAGAUUCAUGCCACAUCCAAGAUGUUCUCAGGCAUUCCGUGAUAUCACUUGUACCACUUCUAUCGGGUCCAGAAAUUGUUAUAUGAGCUCUCAAAAUGUCAUGACCACUUUUGCCGGUGAUGGAAGAUCAUAUACUUCUGAAAACACUGCUCGUUUCCCAACUCAUUAUGGACAAGUGUGCUGUUAUGAUGAUUCAGGACAUUUGAUGCAGACAUCGUAUCAACCUGUCAUCAAAGUUACUCCAGACGUACCUUAUAAUCCUGGUUUCCCAAUGAGAGCUUACGAAUUUGGAACGGCGCCGUAUAUGGGUCAAUAUGAAGUUCCAGGGCUUUCAGCCUUCCACAAUGACUACAUGCCUUACUUCCUUUGUUGUAAAUUUGCCGACUUCCGAUGUCAAAUGUUCUAUUGGAGACGUCCGUCAUCUGGAUGUCAAGAGUAUCAGCCACCUGCAUGGGGAGAAGUUAUGGGAGCUGGAACAUUCAAUACUAUCGACAACGAUAAAUUCAUUUUCAAUGAACCAGGAGUUUACAACGGUAUCUAUAUUCCCAAAACAGUUGCAACUCCAGAAGUGAAAAUACAGAUUCGAAUGGAGAGAUAUCCAAACAGAAGAGUAGAUUUCAGUCUUCUCGGUCGAUACAUGGCUCAACAAGAUCUAGUUCAACCUACAAAUGCAACAGUUGUGACUGGUGUUGUUUUGGAAGCAACUGGAACUGAUCGUGUUCAUGUUCUUGCUAGAAAAGAUACGAGGCGAUUCAGAUACAGAACAUCUAUCAUUGUUGGAAACAUUCUCAGAUAUUUCGACACUAUGAGAAUCCAGAGGUUCAAAGGAGUCAUGGUCUAUGUGAACAAUGUUGAACGUGGUCAGCCAGAAAUCUAUGUGGUUCUUGAAGAAGCACAAAUUGGAAUCCGUGUCCGUGAAUCCUAUGCCAUCGAUAUUGAUCGUUUGUCUGAAUACCAAGAGUCUAUGGGAAUGCUGAAUGUUGCUGUUUCUGUGGCUCCUCAAUAUGGCGUCCGUCCAGAUGGAGACAAAACGAGAGAACAAGAAUUGAGACAACGAUACAAUCUUCCACGUGUCAGUGGAGUCUUCCGUCCAUUCCCUGAUCAAGCAUCUAACAGUUACAUGAAUACGUUGACUUUGCAAGAUGUCAACUCGGAACAAUACAGACAACAAAUUAUCCAAAUGUACCGAGUUCAAGGAUCAGGAGAGCAAGGAUCCGAUCAGAAUAUCAAUAAUCAAGGAAACAACUACGGAAUGCCAACUGAGAACAUGUUCACAACUUCCAGAGAUGAGGAUAAAAAGUUCGAAGUGUUCCCUGAAGCUCAAAUGAAGAGCGGACCAAUUUACAAAACAUCACCGAAAUAUGAAACGGGGGCCUAUCGUUUCUAUCCGGUCACUGGACAAGUUAUGAAUCAAAGACUUCAGACAUGCAGAGAUAUGCAACAAUCCAAUACAAUCAACCUUCAACCUCUGCAGUCACAAUUGACAGCGGACUAUGGUCACACUCAAUGUCCUGAUAAUCCAGCAGCCGUCAUCCAAGAUUGUGGUGACUCUGUUCCAUGUCUCUACGAUUAUUCCAUGUUCAACGCCAAGAUUCUUGGACUUAAUGUCAAAAAUGAAUGGAACACUUUCACUUCUGAUCGAUUCGAUGCCUCUAGACAAUAUAACAGCUGUGGAGUGAUCAACAUUGAAUAUCCAGAAUAUCUCAUGAAGACGUCGUCACUUUCCUCCGCUUACAUGCAAGGAGAUGUUGCUCGUUUCGAGUGCUUCCAAUCGCAUUGGAUUAAGGGAGUUCAUGAGUACAAAUGUGGAAUUGUAGUGGACAGAAAUCGUCCGAACCUGAACGAGUACAGAUUCGAGUGGAACAAGGGAGAACAACCGUGGUGCAGACCCAGAGAAAUGGAGAAUUUCUUGAUCUGGCUUUCGAUUAUUGCCGGAAUUCUCGGAGUCAUCGUCUUUGUUAUCCUGAUCUUCUUGUGCUGCUGGAUUGUAAAACAAAAGAAGUUGAAUGAAGCGAAUGAGAAUAGGAGACAGAAUGGAAUGGAUAUGGCAAGCAGAAGUUCAAUGACAGGAAGUCGAGGAGGCAAGAAGUAUCCGAUUAACGAAUCAGAACCAUUGAAUGAGAAACGAUUCGAUGCGGAUACAUAUAGAGAUGAUGACUUCUAUCCACCAGCGAGAGAAGGACAAUACGCCCGUGCGGAGGAUCUACAUGGGUUGAAGACUUCUGUAUAA